UAUCAAUAGAAGCAACGAUUGGUCGAGCGUACCCGGGAACUCGAUUCACGACGGCUCCUAGAAGAAUGGCCGCCUCGAUGAGAAGGAACUUCGGAGCUCUGCAGCCGAUCCUCGGCAAAACGAAUUUUCCACUAGCCAGUAGCACGAGGUGUGUGACGAAGUCAGCGGAGCGCCUGGACAUAAGCGAAGGAUGGUUCAGCAAACUCUUGGUGCGGAAAAUCGAGCCAACGAAGGAGCCGCACUCGAGGAUGUUGUCGGACAAGCAGGUCAUCUACGCCCUUCACACGCACAAUAUCCGUCCUGACUCUUAUGACAAGUACUUGGCGAAUUACGCUGAAAAUGUCAAUCAUAUUCACUCCAAAAGACAAGAACUUAAUUUGGAACUUGUUGGCUCAUGGACCGUCGAAGUAGGAGAUUUAGAUCAAGCACUUCAUUUAUGGCAAUACAGUGGAGGAUUUCAAAAUAUUGAUAAAGCACAAGCACUUCUUGCCAAAGAUGAUGCAUAUCAAAAGCUUUUGAAAGAACGUGGUAAUUAUUUAAGAUCACGGCAUUUACAAUAUCUAUUAGCAUUUAGUUACUGGCCACCAAUAGUCACAAGAAAUAACGUUAAUAAAUACGAAAUUCGAAGUUAUAGUUUAAAGCCAGGAACAAUGAUCGAAUGGGGAAACAAUUGGGCAAGAGCCAUCAAUUUCAGGCGUAAUAAUGAUGAAGCAUUUGCUGGAUUUUUUUCACAAAUUGGACGUCUUUACAAUGUCCAUCAUAUAUGGUGCUACAAGGACCUACAGUCACGCAAAGAGACGCGUGAAAGUGCCUGGAGAUCACCCGGAUGGGACGAAUGUGUCGCUUAUACAGUUCCCCUAAUUCGCGAAAUGCACUGUCGCAUUCUUAAUCCGACGACUUUCUCGCCGACAAAAUAAAAUGAAAAUUUCAAAUUUAAAAGCAAAAGAAUCGAAGAUCCAUACGCACUAUUGAAUUGUAGAAGGAAGGCACAAAGCGCUGCAAUUGUGUUUAAAUGAUGUUUAUUAGCUUUGUAUAUGUGUAAACUAAUUAUAUAAUCAAUAAAAAAUUGUACAAAAACGAAACAAAACAAAA